AUGAAGAUCUUCAAUUGGGUGCACAAGAGGUUUCAUCAUAACAACUCUUCCAACGAUGGAUUUGGAUCUAACAUGAAAAAGAAUGAAUCUACAAUGAACAACAAAAAUGAUAAUCAAGCUUUGUUGAAACAAGUUGCUUUGACCGAUAUGCUUGGAGGUUGGAAUGAUGGAAUUCUAACCAUUGGAACUCUUGGCUAUGAUCCAAUGAAAUCAAUCAACAAUCACAAAGAUUACUAUUCUUUGGAAGCUGAAAAACCACAUGAUUUAGUCGAUGACGACGACGAUGAUGAAAGUUUCUAUAAUGCUGAACAAGAGGAACUCAAUCCAUUGAUCAACAAUACAUUGGAUGAGAACAACAACUCUGAGGAUGUUGUUUGUGAAAACCAUGAUGAUGUUGAAGAAGUCAAUGCUACAAAAGAGAAAGAAGUGAUGAUUGAGAACUUUAAGGAAAUUGUUUAUGUUCCUCCUCCACCUAUGAUUUUUCAUGAAAUCAUUGAGGCAAAUGAUGUGGAAGCUGAUCAAAAGAAAAGAAUCACUUUAGCUGAUCUAUUCCUUGCUGAUUCUGAGCUUAAGAUGAAACUUGAUUAUCCUAAAGCAAAAGUGCUGAAUGAGUCAAGUGAAAAACCAAACCUUAAACCAAAAAAUGGAUUUUCUUUUGCUAAGAAGAUCAUUCCUCUUGUUAAGGACAAUGCACAUCCAAUCAAAGACAUCAAGAAACUGAUGAAGAAGAUGUUAAAGAGGAAAAUCCAUCCAGAUCUUGAUGUCAAGAAUCACAAAGCAGAAGGAAACACUAUUGAUAACCACAUGAAUGAAGGCAAUGGCUCAAGCUAUUUCAUCCCAAUUUAA